GCAGAUUGGGCUGCAAGGGACCGAGUGAUGUGGGCCUGAUCAAGCAAGUUCGACCGCUGAGGAAAAGUGUCUACUCUAUGGAGCAACCAGAAGUGGCUUUUCUCCCAUGACCCCUGGAUCCUUGCAAGGACCCUAUAAUGUCACCACCAAACUAUUCAGAUGUCUGGGAGCUGUGGUGCCCCUUCGUGGCUGCUGCACAGUGUUGCUAAGCUGGGUGACACCAAAUCAUGAACAGUAACUUCUGCAGGGCCUUGGCUGACAGGAGGCCAAUGGCUCCCUCCGCCUGCAUGCAGCUGGCACUUUCUCCUCCUCCUGGCCACUCCUGCCAUCCUGUGCUGGACACUGUGGCUGCCUUUCCCUUCUGGCUCCAUCCCACUGACCUUGACCCGAACUGCUACAAUACCUGUGGCAGCGUGAUCUCUUAUGUCCCUUUCCACCGUCAUUUUGGGGUCUGCGACUACCCCUUCGAACCUGCCUUCAUCCAGAAGAGGAACGAGCGGGAAAGGCGAAGGGUGAAGUGCGUUAAUGAAGGCUAUGCCCGGCUCCGCGGCCACCUCCCGGGCACUAUGUCAGAGAAGCGCCUGAGCAAAGUGGAGACCUUGCGAGCUGCCAUCCGGUACAUAAAGUAUCUCCAAGACGUUCUCAGCAGAAGCCCCGAGGGGACGGCUCCAGAAGCCGACAGCAGUCUGGCAGAGCGUGCAGCUCCCAGCUGCUCCUUAGCACCGGACUGCAGUGAUGAGGAAUCCAAGGUGACCUCCUCCUCUUCAUGCUCAGCCCUGCCAUCCUCCUCCCCUGAGCCAAGAGGAGCUAAUCGGAAGGACUGUGCCAGCACAAGCUGGUCCCAGUGCUUGGAAGAGCAGAGACUGUCCACCAAGGCUUCCUGA